AUGGCGCAUCAAACACACAAUAUACCUUGGGAGGCGCUGAGCUCAAGCUUCGACGCCGUCAAAAUCGGCGCCCGCGGAACACCAGAACGACACACGAUCCUCGAGACACAGAGCGGCGAGGCAGCUCAAAAGAAGCGGGAGCAUUUCGUCCGCGUUUUCAUGAAGACACUCGAGGACUUCUCAACCUCGGAGCGCAAGAAAUACCCCGCGGAGUUCGAAACCUACGACGACGAAGCCGUUAUCCUACCCGACGACGUGGCCCAGAAAGCCCAAGAGUACCUCCAUUCACCGCUCGUCUGGCCGAGCAGCAUGGACGUAACCCGUUUCAGCAAGGCCGCGGAUUGGAAGGAUGGUUUCAGUUCCGUCUGCGAUGACCGCGCCGAUGUCGUGAUGGCUCUGCUGGUCGUGAAUGAGAUUGAGCCGCUACUGAAAAUCGCCCACUUGGAGGCCGAACCAUUGAAGCAUCUUUGGAACUUCGGCGGUCCUAAUCCGGGAUUCAACAAUAUCGCGCGCGCGGCGCUGAUGUCUUACCUCUUCCUGAACGUCAUCUAUUGCAGGCCGCAGCUAUGGAUGCCCGAAGGGAGCGAGGGCGGUGGCAGGGGACCUCAGAGCGACUACAGAGUUAUGGGGGCAUUCGUGAAAGUCCUAAUGGGUGCCACUCAGUCCCGCGGGUCUGAUGCAUGGACAGUCCCCCACCGGCAGUUCUUUGGACGUGAGUUCUCCUAUGGAGAGAAUGGUCAGAAACUAAGGGAUGAGGGCGUCGACCCUCUGGCUCCGGAAAAUGCUGAGAGAUUGAAAGACUAUCUCAAGCUAUGCUGGAAUCAUCUCAUUCGUGUCCAUGUGGUGACGAAGGAGGCUGGCAUGGAUAUCGAAUGGCCUCGCUUGGUGAAAGAGGAAAUCCACUGGCUUUGGGGUCCCUCUGCAUUUCCAGAUCUCUACACAUGA